GAUGCCUUGGAGCGCUAGGAAUUUGGUGUUCUUUCUCGCUAAUGAAAAUCGAAAGGUGGAACCACCAAAAAAAUUAUUUGUUCAUAUUGAUUAUUGACUGACUUGUAACAAGAUUGUGCUUGUUUCCAAACUUGUAUCCGUGACAAGCCACUGCAACCUGCAUCUGCAUCUGCAUAUAUCUAAUUCAUCAAUUGCAAAUCUUCUGAAGAUAUUCCGUUUUACUAUUACCCUUGUGAGAUAUGGCUGACAGGUCACUCAAUGAUCGUCAAGAUGUCCCCAUUUGGAAUGCUAUUGAGGCUGGCAAUUUUAAGCAAGCUCUGAAAUUGCUUGACAAGAGGCUGGCCAAAAAAAGGACGUCUCAUUUAGAGGUACGUGUAAAUGGUGAGAAUCACUUCAGAUUAAAGGCCUCGUCGUUACGAAUUUGAUCAUUCCUCUUCACGUGAUGCAUAAUUAUUCUACCUCGCAAAUAUAACUAAGCAACUUUCCAGGCAUUCAAGAUUUAUAUCAGGUCGCGGUCGUCUGUUCAAUCAGAAAGAGAUGUCGUACUCCCGCAUCUCGAAGAUUUGGUCAAUAAGAAGGUUAUUAUCACGGAUCAGGAAGACAUCGAUCUGUAUGAUGAUGCUUUGGUUAACGCCAUUCCAGAGGCGGGAUCGAUUUGGGCAAGGACAAUUGGAGAGUUGCGAUGGCAGUGUGUCAAGGCAUAUCCCAAACAGGAAGAUUCUGCACUGAAGUCGUUCAAGGCUUGUUUGUCGGAACGCGAUUGGGAACAUGCUCAACAGGUAUUUCAAGCGGUCACAUUCUUCGCCACGAGAAUGCUAAUGAAUGCUUGCUAGAUUGCGAGUAGUCUUGAGAAAACAUUUCCCAGUAAACAUCAAUACGUUUUCUGGAAUAUCUCUUCCUUAUUCUUAAGAUCUGUGAGUAUUGGUACUUGGCAGGAACAUAUUCUAGAGCAUGAUCGCUUACUUGUAACCAGAUGUCGACCGAUCUGCCUAUUGAAAAAAGAACUCUAUGGGGCCGUUUGGCCUUUGGCCAGAUCAGUAAACUUGCCACCGCUACAAUACAAGCAGAUGUAUGUAAACUUCUGCCACACAAAUUUUACUGAUGUUGAUAAAAUUUAUGAUUUUAGAAGUCAAAGUCUCUUCCGACUCGCGCAAUACAUACACCACAGGAGUUGUUACUUCUACAACGAAUCACUGCUGCACAUGGUAAAUUAGAAGAUCAGUUAAAGUAUCUGAAUGAGCCUUCUCUCGGACCCGAGUCAAUAGUAGCUAAAGGGGAUUGGGAAUUAUGGAGAAAUAAAUUACAGCUCAUGGAAGCAUCUCAGCACUGGGAACAACUUUUCGAAACAACUAGUGGUCUUCUUAAACGAGCACGCACGAAGGAUGAACGCGGGCAUAUUAUCGAUGCUAGAAUGGCUGAUUGGGCCGUAUGGCAAGCGUAUCUACGUUCUGCUCUUGCCUUGCAGAGCCCCUCGUAAGUACUAUAAUAUCAAAAACAGGACAAAAACUUACAAAAUCAGAGCUUUAGACAGUGUCUCAAACGAGAUUGCAGCUCAUCUCGAUCCCACAUCUGGAAUCGACAAGACAUGGAGACGAAAUGCAUCUUUAGCCUGGCUUGACUUUACCUUUAAAACUUCUUCUACCGCAUUUGCUAGGGAGGAUUCAGGACCAGACGUCGAAAAGUACCCUAGAGUGACUGCAAUCGUCAAGUAUUUGCAGGACUUUGGAGAUGCCACCACAGCCUAUAGCGAUCUCAGACCUUACUUAGAGCUAUCGCAAACAGAUGAACGGCUUAAACUGCUCGAGAUUUUUGAAAAUGGACUUCAGUUCGGCAAGAAAGCCAAGGAAAAUGAUUUAGAGUCUGAGUUCGAAGCCCUGUCAAUCUCUAAAAACGAAGUAAGUUGUACCCUAAAACCUUGAUCCACCAACCCCUUUCUGAUUUAUAAUAUAGUUUGACAAUGCAAAUGAUAUGACAAGAUGCGUUAAUCUUCACAAAUUGAAUUACCUCGUAAUGAGCAGUAUCCCCGAGCAUGAACGCCGGUCAAACCCACUCCACAAAGUUGGUCAACAGUCAUUUAUUUGCACGUACUGCUCCAGUCCUUGCGAAGUAUACUGUGAUGUGUGUCUCCAGCAACUCUCCAAAAACUCCAUCGCGGCGUACACAUCUGCAAUGAGCGAUGACCGAGUCUCUAAAUCCCUUCUCCCUACAGAUCGGCACCCUGCCGAUGAUUUCUGCACAUUAGCGGCAAUGUGCCUGAUGAAACUCUCUCUCUCUGGCUCUAGCGAUGUCGAAGGACCUCUCAAUAGCAAGAAGAUUGCUUAUGCUCUCCAAGCAGCAGUAUUCCUUGAAUAUGGCUGGUCAAAGUCUAAAUCGAACUCCGACUUCGCACUAAUUUUGGUAAGAAUUUACUCUUCUCUCGGCUGCGGUCAACAAGCUAUGAAAGCAUACCUGCACCUAAGUUUGAAGCAGAUACAGCUCGACACCCUAGGUUACAUUAUACUUGAUAGGAUCUCUUCCAUGCAUCCCCAUCCAUUUCCCACUGCCCCGGAUGGUUCAUCUGAGAAUCUGAAGCCCCUGGACCAUCUCAAGAAUCAAAGAAAGAUGUACAGGAACUGCCGCCAUCAGGUUUCUAAUAAUACCUGGAAAGCGUUUGAGCAUGGAAGUUACAACACAAUAUUCCAGUUCCAAGAGUUUUCUAACAUUAUUACAAAAACAUCAUCGGCAGUAUCUUCUGCUGUAGAAACCACAAAGAUAUCGCGACUCUUAAAGCAGGACGCGCCCUCUGACGUUUUUGACAUUCUUCGUAAGCUUGCCGCAUCAAUUUUUAACAAUCAAAACAUAUCUAACAUGUGCCUAGCAAAAAAUCCGGAGAUGCUAGAUAAAUUCUCAGACUCCAACGACUAUACUUCAUUUCCGGACUAUGAGUCUACCUUGGGCACGGGGCUUGAGGAGUUGACCCGGUUUGCACCAAGUCCGUCUGUAAGUUUUCGUAACAAAAUUUCGCUUGCACCUAUUAAUUCCGCCCAGAGCAACCGAAGCCGUGUAGACCUGCUUGUUGAGAAAUUGAUCUCCAUAAUAAGUCCCGAAUCCACAUGUACUCCAAUCGACCUUUCGUCUUUCAGAGAGAUCCUUUCUCGAGUAUCAACUGAGUUGCACAAACAAGCAGGAUCCAUCAAAACCAGCCCAGACGGAUCCUUCUUGACACACUCUGAAACAGCAGUACUCGAGGCAUACACCGAUCUCGCUUCCAUCAUAACCAAAGCCUGCGACCCCACCGCAUCAUCCGCUGCAGAUUUCCAAACCUCGCUUGAAACCUCCAAUAAAUCCCUUUGCACAAAACUAAAACAGCAUCUCUCCUUUAUCGAAGGAGCUCAAAACGCAACUCCAGCUUUGUGGGACACUCUUCAUAUACUCUACACAGCCUAUGAUCUCGCAUCCACCAUCAUCAAUGCUACGAAAUUCCUUUUGCAGAAAGAUCUCAAAGCUCAUAAAUAUCAGAUAGAGCAGAAUAAAGCUUUGGUCGAAAGCGCGAAAUUGGUAAUGGAAGCAGUAGCUGAGAAGUCGAAGGGAAUUAAGAAUGGAUUGGAUGAAAGUGGGUGGAUUGAUCGGGCGUUGGAAACUAUGGAGGUUGGAGAUUCUGGGGAGCAGUUAAGGAGUUUGGUAGGGGAGAAUUUUAUUGAAGAAUGGGCUGGUUUUGUGGUAGAGGGCUGGAGAGAGUCAGUUACUGGACUGGGAAUGUUGAAAGUUUAGAGGUGGUAUGGAAGACUUGCAAGAAAAAUUCGUGGCGAUGCAGAUACAUGUCAAAAUUACGGAUAUGCGAUGACUUGUAGAUGGACUAUAGUUUGACUGUAGUUGGUCGAAUUUUUCAGUCCUCUGCUCACAUAAUGUUCACGCAUUUAUCAAAGAUUCCUCUCAAACUGAUGUUCAUAUCACGUUAAAUU